AUGGACAGAAUCAGCGAACUACCCGAUGAAUUAGUAGUAAAGAUAUUAUCUUUUCUUCCGACAAAAGUUCGUGCAUCCACUAGCGUUUUGUCUAAACGAUGGGAGUUUCUAUGGAUGUGGGUUCCUAAACUCGAGUUCGUGGUGACUCAUUUCCGACCAGACCUUCCACUUCGAGAUUUUAUCAACAAGAAUCUGCCAUUACUUAGAGUUCCAAAAAUAGAAAGCUUUCGCCUCAAAUGUUUCUCUACAACAUUUCAGCCUGAGGAUAUCAACCAAUGGGUUGCAAUUACGCUUUCUCGCCGCAUACGUCUGCUCGAUAUCUGGCAAUGGUCUCUCAAUCGCACUGAUAAUCUUGCUGUGUUGUCGCCGAGCAGCUUGUAUACCUGCAAAUCGCUGGUGACUUUGAAACUUAACGGCAAAAAGAUUCUUGUCGAUGUUCCUCCAACGGUCUCUCUCCCUUCGUUGAAAACUUUGGUACUAAAAGAAGUGACUUACGGAAAUGAAGAUUGUCUUGGACUACUUAUAUCUAAUUGCCCUGUUCUUGAAGGUUUUUUUAUCCACCGAGAUGGUGAGGAUAACUUGAAAGGGAUGGUUUUUACUAGCCCGUCCUUGCUGAGGUUAACCUUAACGCUGCAUGGUGGACGUUGUUCUGACUCUGAUGAGCAUGUGAUUGUUACUCCUUGUUUGAAGUAUAUCAAAGUUUGUCGUUACGUAGAAAGGUUCUCGUCUUUGGUUACGCAUAUGCCUAGAGUGGAAGAAGCAUGUAUCGUUGUUGAGGAACAGAUGGAGAAGGUUUUCGAAUCAUUCGCAUGUCUCAAACGCCUUUCUUUAGUGGUAUGGAGGAACAAUAGAGAAGAGUUUCCUGAUGGUUUUUUCUCCAAUCAGCUUGAGCAUCUUAAGCUAUGUAUUGACUUCGAUUAUUGGUCGAAACUACUUUUCAAGCUGCUCCAAGACUCUCCUAAACUGCGAGUUCUAAAACUCUACGUCGAUCGCGAUAGACGUUCCACGGAGUAUACACCGGUUAGUUGGAGCUCUGUUCCUGAAUGCUUGUUGGAGAGCCUUGAAACUUUCGAGUUUGCAGGGUACAGUGCAAGACCAGAAGAGAGAGAUUUCGUUAGUUUUAUCAUCAAGAAUGCUCGUCGCUUGAAGUCUUCCUCAAUCAAGCCUCCUGUUGUUGAGACUUGGGAUGAUUAA